CAAUAUGGCGAAUACAACAGAUGCCUGUGAAACUCGCGAUCCGUGUCAGCACGGUGGCAUUUGCAUUUCUACAGACAGUGGACCGAUCUGUGAGUGUCGCACCGGCGAUUAUGAAGGCGCAUAUUGUGAGAAAGACAAAGCUCCCUCGGAAGCAUCCUUCAGAGGGACUGAGUAUCUCACGAUAGAUUUGAGCAAAGGAGAACCAGUACUCAGUACACAAGAAUCCAUAAGCCUCCAGUUCAAAACGAGAGCAGCAAAUGGACUUCUAUUUUAUUCCGGAGAGGGCGAUGAUUAUCUCACUAUAUCGCUGAAAGACGGAGGCGCCGCAGUCAGUAUGAGCCUAGCCAAAGGAAGAUUGGAUUUGCAUAUAAAGCCGGUCAAGUUGCGAUUCGAUGAUCGUCAAUGGCACAAAAUCGUCGUCCAUCGGAAAGUUCAAGAGAUCUCUUCAAUAACCAGCUUUUGCAGGCUCUCUGCUAUUGUUGAUGGGGUUUACGCUGAGCAUGGUCAUACUGCGGGAUCGUUCACACACUUGGCGAGCGAUCGACUUCUCGUCGGUGGAGGAGCUGAUGCGAGGUCCUUGCAGGGCGCCAAAGGGAUCAUCAACUUCGUUGGGUGCCUGAGAAAGGUGGAGUUUGCUGCAGAAAGAAUCAGAAUGGAGCUGAUUGAAGCGGCCAAAAGCGGAGCGGCGGGUGUUGCGGCUUGGGGAAAAAUGGAUUUUUUCUGUCGUGAACCUAGAACAGCAGAUCCAAUUACGUUUACCACUAGGGACUCGCAUCUCAAGGCCGGAUCAACAGUAAACAGGCGACUCCACGGCGCUUUGGUCACCUUCACCAGCCCAGAGUCCCACCUGGUUCUGCCACCCUGGAAAGCCGCCAAGACCGGGACUAUAUCCUUCAAAAUUCGUACGAACGAGCCCAAUGGAUUGAUCAUGUACAGCCGCAGCGGAGCGCAAACGAGGGAAGAUCUGUUUGCUUUCGAGAUUCUUGGCGGAUAUCUUUAUACGCACGCCGAUCUCGGGAGCGGCUCCGUUAAAGUAAAAUCAUCAAAGACACGUGUGGAUGAUGGCACCUGGCACGACGUUGUCCUAAGAAGAGUUGAGAGAGAAAUUCGAGUUACUGUCGACAGCAACAUAGUCGAGUUUCGUACGCCAGGAGAUUCCACGCAAUUAGACUUGGAUGGCUUGUUAUAUAUCGGUGGUGUGGGCGCACCUUUUGCGCCUUUAACUGUUCCACCCGUUUUGUGGACGGGCGCCCUUCGACAAGGCUACGUGGGAUGUAUGAGAGAUCUCGUCAUUAAUGGAAAUCCAAUAGACAUCGCGGGAUAUGCGCAGCAACAAGAUUCGGGUGCAGUAAGACCCGCAUGUCACAUGCAAGCCUCGCAUUGUUCUUCGAAUCCGUGUAUGCACCGUAGCAUUUGCCUUGAAGGGUGGAAUCGAUUUCACUGCGAUUGCACUAACACGUCUUUCACAGGACCUACCUGUGGCAAAGAUGCGUCAACAUUGCAUCUGAAUGGCACGCAACAAAUGACGGCAUUAAUGCCGGAGGACUCCAGAACACAGGCGGAGGAAAUUGUCGUGCGAUUCAAAACGACGAGACCGCGCGGCCUUCUAUUAGCGACUAGCUUUGAGAACAGCGCUGAUCGCUUGCAGAUUUAUUUAGACGAGGGCAAGGCACAUAUGCUGAUUCAUAUCGGAGACCGAGAAAAGUUAUUGACAACUGGGCAAGGUCUUAAUGAUGACUUGUGGCAUACGCUAAAAUUCUCCAGACGAUUCAAUUUACUCAAAUUCCAGAUCGAUGAUGAUACAGCAAUACGAGCGGAAGCGCAGCUGGGAAAGCAGGGCAUCUUGGAAUUUCGAACACUCCACGUAGGCGGAUAUCUUCACGCGGGCGAGGACAUACCGCAUUUCGUGGGCCAGCUGCAGCAGAUCUGGUUCAACGGAUAUCCAUACCUGGAGAUUGCGCGCAGCGCUGGGAGCCAUCAAACCUCACAUCAGGGCGUCGCGCCUAUCAUCCGGGUCACCGGCAAGUUCGGGAAAAGAAAUCAUCCGGUUCAUCAUCCGGUGACCUUCACCUCCAAGCACACUUUCGUAGGACUUCCAGUACUCAAAGCGUACUUGGAGACCAACAUUUAUUUCCAGUUUAAAACGCGAGAAGCGAACGGCUUGAUCCUUUAUAACGCCGGAAGAGAGCAUGAUUUCAUUGCGGUCGAACUGGUAAACGGACACGUACACUACGUGUUUGACCUAGGCGACGGAGCUGUCAGAGUCAGAGACACUUCGAAGUCCAAGUUGAACGAUGGCAAAUGGCACGCCGUCAGUAUUGGCAGACCUGCCGCAAAGAGGCACACUCUGUCUGUAGACGAUCACGUGACCGCUGUCAACAGCCAAGGCAGCAACGAGAAUCUUGAUCUCGAUGGCAUUUUGUAUAUAGGUGGAGUGGAGAAGGCGCAAUAUGGCCAAUUACCAAAACAGAUUCUCAGCCGUCACGGAUUUGAGGGAUGUCUGGCGUCGUUGGAUCUCAGCGGGGAAAGUACCGACCUCAUUACCGAUGCCGUCGUGCCGAGUUCUCUCGUCACAUCCGGAUGCGACAUUUACACCAACAUACAUCCGGGCAAGAAGUGCACUCAUGAUCUCUGUGCCAAUCAUGGAACAUGCGUGCAACAGUGGAAUAGCUACACAUGCGAUUGUGACAUGACGAGUUUUACCGGGCCAACUUGUAACGAUGAGGCUAUCGCUUACGAAUUUGGAGCCGGAAGAGGAAUUAUCACGUAUACCUUUCCGCCUGAUCGUCGACCGGAAAUGAAAAGAGAUACUGUGGCCUUGGGUUUCGUUACCAGUGUUAAUGAUGCUGUAUUGCUUAGAAUAGAAUCUGCGUCGAGUAACGAUUAUCUCGAAAUCGAAAUUGUGGAAGGUAACGUUUUCGCGGUUUAUAAUAUGGGUACCAACGAUCAUCCAAUAGGCGAAGUUGGCGUGAAAGUUAACGACAACCAAUAUCACGUGGUUAGAUUUACCAGAACUGGGCCGAACAGCACAUUACAAGUCGAUGACUACAAUUUGCAAUCUAAUCAUCCAUCGGGUCAUCAGCUGACAGUGUUCAACAGCCAGUCUACUAUUCAGGUAGGAGGCCGAUGGAAUCGCAGCAAGGGCCGAGUGGAACGACCCUUCCUCGGCGUGAUAGCCGGAUUGGUUGUCAAUGGUGCCAGAAUUUUAGAACUGGCGGCUGCCAAAGACGGUAAAGUUGCAAGUAGAGGAGAUGUGCAGCUUCUGCCAGCAGGAAGUCUCCUGGAUCGCGCCCCGCCGUUACAAAGAAUGCAACAGACGCCGGCGUCCGGGUUUCCCGGCGUCAUGGACGACCUCAUAUUCUCCGGCGCCGGAAGUGGUUGCGCUGGCGAUGACGAGGACGAGGAGUGCACUCCGAUCUACGAGUCAGGCUCCGAUGACAUCAUCACGCCAGUGUACGUGGCGCCUACACGAUUGCCGACGACAUUGAGGCCAAAGCCGCAUAAAGAAAAUAUUCAAGAGCGUCCAACUUGCGACGACGAGGAAGAUUGCGAAGAAGGCUCCGGUGAUUCCAGAACGACAGAAGAAAUUUUUGUCACUUCGGCCACCGGUCCGUAUUCCAAGAAUAUUAACGAGGCGAAGCAGCCUUCUAAUGAACAUUUUGAGUACUCGACAAGCCAUAUCAGCACCCAGACGACGUCGCCGUCGUCGACAACAUUGGGUCGCGACAUCGUCACCGUCUCCGUCCAAUACAACGUGUCAACCACAGACCUCGAGAUCAGCCAUAGCAGCAGCGUCGUAACGCAUCGAUCGACAACCGUGACAACGCAGACGACCACGACGGAAAUGACGGAGCCACCACCGCCACCUCCACCGCCGGUGUACCCGCCGAUGCCCACUCCGCCCAAGAACAACAACAAUAAACGGAUCACAUCCGAGGCGGCAGAGAACGCUGCGCUUAUAAUUGGCAUUAUAGCCGCCGCGUUGAUAGCGAUAGUCUUGAUCAUAUUGAUAAUCCUCAAGUUUAAGAAUCGGCCGGAAACGAGUUACAAGGUGGAUGAAACGAAGACGUUCUGCCAGGAUCCAAACGCGGCUCUGUUAGGCGCCGCUGGCUCCGGACAGCCCUUCAAUGGCGCCCUAAAAAACGGCGCCAACGGUAGCAAAAGUAACAAGAAACGAGAACUAAUAGACAUUAAAGAGUGGUACGUGUAAAGGGAGCAUUCGCAUAUUGGGCAGAACAUUGCCUUGUGCUUGAGAUUUGUGUACAGGGAGUAUGGCCAAGGACUUGGCCAAAGAACGUGCACGUCAUCUUUCGUCGCUGGAAAGGAUCGAGAAUUGAAAGAGGCCGAGGAGAGUAAACGGACACACAGUCUCUCAUGAGUCUCACACAGGUGUACAAAAAAAAUGUGCUCGCUGAUCAGAGCAUUCUCGUAGAAGAGCCUUGUCUGCUCCAAUGCGAGUACUGAGACUUCAAAGAUCUAUCUCAAUAUAAUAUGAAAAAUAUCGAGUAUUCGCUGAGAGAGUCUUGCUCGAGUUGCAAUAACUUGCUCGAGUUGCGAUAUUUAUGAGGGUGCUUCUGAUCAAUGGUGAAUACGACAUAGUUGAGCGUGCGAAAACGAUCUUUCCAUUACGAGUGAUGAAGAAGGGCACGUUUAGAAAAUCCUCGUGAUAGCUUACAGGAAAAGCGGUGUAAUAAAAGGUCGCGAUUAAAUAAAAAUCCUUUUACACUCUUCUGUGCGAAAAGGAUCGAAACGCAUGAGAGACGAUCAGCGAUCUUAUCCUUGAUAAAGUACAUUUUCUAAGAACUUUAAGAUCGGGAUUAAUGAGUCGUAUAUCUAGAUGGAAAAACUCUUUGAGGAAAACAUGAUGAGAUGGUAUUGUGGAAAUAUAUGAAACUUCUCUUUAAUUCUAAGGCGAAUUGAAAUGAAAUCGAUCGCACUUAGGAAGGUCCGUCGAACUGCUCGCUCUCGCAAAGAGAGCCAACGAGUCGGGAGGUACUGAUCAACGAUCUAGCGCUGAUCCUCUUGUUUCCUUGACGCGAAAUCUCGAGAUAAAAUUUAAACAUGUGGCAGGAAUCGAGCAUCGAUUACAAACAUUCCAAAAGAAUUUUUCUUCCUAUUAUUCAUUUGUCGCGAAUUUUUUCAAGUUACGUUUUUUAAAUAACGCUUGCUGGUGCUGCUCGAUUUUCUGCUAUAAUUAAUGUUAAUGCGAAUCGAUUCGUCGAUAAACGGAAAGUUAAGGCUUUCCUGCAUUAAUUUAGAACGAUUUCCCCACGAGGAACGAAGAGGAAAAACGGACGCAAAGAUCGUGAAAUUAAUCGUAGGAAUUAAUUAAAAAGAAAGGAAAUGUUGAAGGUGAUAUUAGCAGUGACUGAUUCGGACGAAUCUUAGGAAGCAACUUGCACUGACGUAGGCAGGCUAUUUUUAUUGUUUUACGAAUUUUACUUCCAACAUCCUCUCCGUGAACGCGACGUUAGACCAUUCUCAAGUACGUGUGAAAAAUAUAUUAAU